AGGAAUUGGAAAGCGUGGUUGUGCUUGUCAGACAUGUCUGCCUUCGGCCGCUAGUUACUUAGUUGAACUAAUACCUGUACCCACAGUUACUACUGAUAAUAAUAAUAAUAAUAAGCACAUUUAAUGGUGAGUUAUUGCGCCUCAAACUGCUUCACUGACGCGGAAGCCGUACUCCUGCCGCGAAACCAUCUCCAUGACAACCAGGUGUGGCGGGUUCCUGGCGGCCUAGUGUCCUGUAGCGACAGUGAGAGAAGAGCGGGGAUUGGAGGAUGUUUCCCGAGCUGAACAGCCUGCUGGGAGCCGGCACUGAUACAGUGGAACGGGGCAAAUUUACUCUCCUCUGUGACUCCAAGACCGAUGGGAGCUUCCUGGUCCAUCACUUCCUGUCCUACUACCUGAGGGCGGGGUGCAGGGUGUGCUUUGUGGCCCUGGUGCAGUCAUUCAGUCACUACAGCAUCGUUGCCCAGAAGCUGGGAGUGAACCUGAGCUCGGCUAAGGACGAGGGGCAACUGGUGUUCCUGGAAGGGCUGAGAUCGUACACGGACUUGCUCUUUGGUGACAAUCCGGAGGCAGAAGUAACCAACCCUCUCUGUUUCCUAAGGGCAGGAUCAGACCUGAAACCUUUAUACAGCUUUGUUAGUGCUGCACUGGCGCCAUCUGCUGGUCAGUCGUGGAAGUGUCCUGUGCUGAUCCUGGAUGAUGUGAGUGUCCUGCUCAGUCUGGGGGUGCCCCCCCUGCAGCUGCUGGACUUCAUGCAUUACUGCAGGGCCACUGUGUGCACUCAGUACCAGGGUAACGUGGUCUGCCUGCUGCAUGGAGCGGAGGAGUCGGGGGAUGAGGAGAAGGAGCUGCUGCGGAGGUCUCUGUCCCACCAGAGCCAAGUGAUCCUGUGGGCGGAAGGGCUGAGCUCGGGGUUCUGUAAGGAGGUACAUGGGCAGCUGAAGAUUUUCAGGGGGGCCGUGUCCAGUGGGAAAAAACGGGGGCAAACCCAGCCGGAGAUCUACCAGUACAAGAUCCAGGACAAACACGUGACGUUUUUCGCCAGAGGGCUGUCGGCGGCUGUGCUCUGAGUGAGCCCCAAGGGCUGCUGGGAUUGGGACUGUGCUGGCAGAGUGCUCCCCCUGCUGGUUAUGUAUGGUACGUGCCGUGUACAUGUGUGUCCUGCUCCUAUUGGCCUGGGUAGGGUCAGCUGACCCACAGCCACACAGUACAGAUCCAGUUCUCUGCCUGCAGGAAGUGCAAGAUAAAUACACCCAGGCCUAGAGUGUCAGCCCCCGCGUACCGGCCAGGCCUUCCUUUCCUUUAGGCCCACUAGAGUGUCAGCCCCCGCGUACCGGCCAGGCCUUCCUUUCCUUUAGGCCCACUAGAGUGUCAGCCCCCGCGUACCGGCCAGGCCUUCCUUUCCUUUAGGCCCACUAGAGUGUCAGCCCCCGCGUACCGGCCAGGCCUUCCUUUCCUUUAGGCCCACUAGAGUGUCAGCCCCCGCGUACCGGCCAGGCCUUCCUUUCCUUUAGGCCCACUAGAGUGUCAGCCCCCGCGUACCGGCCAGGCCUUCCUUUCCUUUAGGCCCACUAGAGUGUCAGCCCCCGCGUACCGGCCAGGCCUUCCUUUCCUUUAGGCCCACUAGAGUGUCAGCCCCCGCGUACCGGCCAGGCCUUCCUUUCCUUUAGGCCCACUAGAGUGUCAGCCCCCGCGUACCGGCCAGGCCUUCCUUUCGGCCCACUAGAGUGUCAGCCCCCGCGUACCGGCCAGGCCUUCCUUUCGGCCCACUAGAGUGUCAGCCCCCGCGUACCGGCCAGGCCUUCCUUUCGGCCCACUAGAGUGUCAGCCCCCGCGUACCGGCCAGGCCUUCCUUUCCUUUAGGCCCACUAGAGUGUCAGCCCCCGCUUACCGGCCAGGCCUUCCUUUCGGCCCACUAGAGUGUCAGCCCCCCGCGUACCGGCCAGGCCUUCCUUUCCUUUAGGCCCACUAGAGUGUCAGCCCCCGCGUACCGGCCAGGCCUUCCUUUCCUUUAGGCCCCCGGCACCGGUCUGAGUGGGCAGUGUUACUAAAUUCAUACACUUUUGCCCUUGUUUUAUAAAAAUGCCCAGGUCACCCUAGUAGUUGGCUCUAUCAUGGUGGCACUGGAAGCCCAUUGGCCGGCACCCACACUGAGGGGCUUAUUUACAGUGUUGGUUAGAUGCGAACUUGCAUGUUACUACAAAUACUAUUUUGCUGAAAAUGUAUAAUUUGUAAUGUGUUUCUGAGCAUUUGGGAUUAUUCCAACCUCCCUAUAAACUAUUUCACUAGA